AAGCCAUUCUCGGCGAGGCAAUCCACCAAACACCUCUCCCCCGCCGCGAUGGCCGCCUUCGCCACCGCCACCUCCGCCGCCGCCGCCUCCGCCGCCGUCAUCCGCCCUCCCCGCGCCGCCCGCGCGCCCGCCGGGAUCCGGUGCUCCGUCGCCGAGGGCCCCGCGGUCUCCCAGCCGCGGGCCGCCGGCGGGGGGCUGGCCGACUGCGUGGUGGUCGGGGCCGGGAUCAGCGGGCUCUGCGUCGCCCAGGCGCUCGCCACGAGGCACCGCGACCGGGCCCCCGACGUGGUCGUCACCGAGGCCAGGGACCGCGUCGGCGGCAACAUCACCUCCGUCGAGAGGGACGGCUACCUGUGGGAGGAGGGCCCCAACAGCUUCCAGCCGUCCGAUCCUAUGCUCACCAUGGCGGUGGAUAGCGGUUUAAAAGAUGAUUUGGUACUGGGAGACCCUAAUGCGCCUCGAUUCGUACUGUGGAAUGGGAAAUUGAGGCCAGUACCUUCCAAACCAAAUGAUCUUCCAUUUUUCGAUUUGAUGAGCGUUGGUGGCAAGCUCAGGGCCGGCUUUGGUGCACUUGGAAUCCGCCCUCCUCCGCCAGGUUAUGAGGAAUCGGUUGAGGAGUUUGUGCGGCGCAAUCUUGGUGAUGAGGUUUUUGAACGCCUAAUAGAGCCAUUCUGUUCAGGCGUUUAUGCAGGUGAUCCUUCAAAAUUGAGUAUGAAGGCUGCCUUUGGAAGAGUAUGGAAGCUAGAGCAAAUUGGUGGCAGUAUUAUUGGUGGCACUUUCAAAACCAUCCAAGAAAAAAAUAAAGCUCCUAAAGCGCCUAGAGACCCGCGUCUACCAAAACCAAAGGGGCAGACAGUUGGAUCCUUUAGGAAGGGACUCACGAUGUUGCCAAAUGCUAUAUAUGAAAGGUUAGGCAGCAAAGUAAAAUUAUCCUGGAAGCUUUUGAGUAUCACUAGAAUGGAUGAUCGGGGAUACAACUUGACUUAUGAAACGCCAGAAGGAGUGGUUUCUCUGCAGACUAAGAGUGUGGUCAUGACUAUCCCAUCCCAUGUUGCUAGUGGUCUAUUGCGUCCUCUAUCUACUGCUGCUGCAGAUGCAUUAUCCAAAUUUUAUUACCCACCGGUUGCAGCAGUAACCCUUUCAUAUCCAAAGGAAGCUAUCAGGUCAGAGCGUUUGAUAGAUGGUGAACUCAAGGGGUUUGGUCAGUUACAUCCUCGUAGCCAGGGGGUGGAAACUCUAGGAUGUUUAUACAGCUCAUCACUUUUCCCGAACAGAGCGCCAGAAGGAAGGGUUUUGCUGCUGAGCUAUAUUGGAGGGGCCACUAAUCCUGGAAUUGUAUCAAAGACUCCAGGCGAACUUGUGGAAGCAGUUGAUAGGGACUUAAGGAAGAUGCUUAUAAAUCCAGGUGCAAAGGAUCCACUUGCCUUGGGCGUGAGAGUGUGGCCACAAGCUAUUCCACAAUUUUUGGUAGGUCAUUUGGACCACCUAGAUUCUGCCAAAGCCGCUCUAAAGGACAUUGGCUUCCAAGGUAUGUUUCUAGGUGGCAACUAUGUAUCUGGAGUGGCCUUAGGCCGAUGUGUGGAAGGUGCUUAUGAAGUUGCUGCUGAGGUAUCAAAUUUCUUGUCGCUAUAUGCUUACAAAUAGUCCUUCUUGUGUUGGACUGAGCUCUUUGUGGUCCUCAGUUUAGCUGCAUCAAGUUUUGAAACUAGCGGCACUUCUAUUUUUAGGCACGUAGUGGGUGAUCUUUUGUUUUAUUCUCUAUAACAAACGAGGCUGUGUAAUCAGUAGGGGUGGCUUGAUAGAAUAGAAUAGGGGAAGAUUAAAUUUAAGAGGUCAAUCUAUCCAUAUUGGGUUAUAUUCGCCGUAUCAUUUUUCCUCGGGCUAUGAAGCAUGUACUCUGUUUUGAUGUAAAUCUACUUGUUAUGCUCUCACCCUUUUUUUUUUUAAAUCAUUCGUACAA